AUGAUAUCGCAGCCCACCAUUGAUGAUACAGAAUCAUCCCUCGGCGCUCAGCUGCGACAAUCCAGUACAUACUCUCAAGCUCUCUCGGGCGUGAACUCGAGCAGUAUCCAGUAUAAUCCCAGCGACAAACAUCCCUUCUCUCCAGUCGGUAUAGAUGAGAUACUUUUUGGUAACCUGAAUGCUAUGCAACCAAUUCACAAUACCAUUCCAACCGCACAAGAGUCUCAUCAGCUACCAGGUGAUACCCAUAGUACCAACGAAGGGACAGAGCACGAUUCUUAUAGGAAGAAAAGGAAGAUUACAAGGGCGAGAAACGCUUGUCUACCACCCCCCGAUCCUUGCGGGAGCUGUCUGAAGGACGAGCUACAGUGCAGAUGGCCGACAGCGGAUGGUCGAUCUGCCGAAGCACGAAGGAUCAGAUCGCACGGGAAGAGGAAAGAGUCGAAGGCUGAGGUAGCAGAGACGAAUGAUGCGACAGGAAUAGAUCAGGACAUUUGGUUGUUCGGGCACGAUUGGCUGUCAGAUAUAGGUAGUGCAUCUACAAGUGGCCAGCCUUUUGAUUUCAGCUUGGGAUCUAUCCCUGCACCCUCAUACACUUCCCUUGACCCUUCACAACAAGCACCUGACUCUAUAGGUCUCCCUGCCGAUCCUACUUUAGCUAUACGCGAUCUCACGGUUCCUACGGAAUCUCCAGACUGGCUGUCUGGGUUCGAUCCAGCUGAAGUUGUCAUGGCGCUGAGCGGUCAGCUUCCCGUAGUCGAAGAUGGUAGCAUCCAAGGUGACCGAUUAGGAGCUUCGGAUACCACUUCCCCCGCAGUACAGUCUGGCGCAACGUCAAGAGCUGUUCACUCGUCAGGCUCGAGAGAAGACAAAGUAGUCAAAGUGUCAUGGUGGAGACCUCAUGGGCAAACAGCUAUCGUCCCAGGGCUGCAGAGAAUCGUAUUGAAAGUGCAAGUACAAGCCCCUGGUAGCACCAGUCAAGCGUCGACUCCUGUCUCUCCAGGGACAGGUUUUCAAGAUGAUAUACUUGGUCCAGACCGAAUACCGGAGCCGGGUAUAAUGAAACACCUCCUCCAUAUCUUCUUUGACUAUUUCGGAUGUCAAUUUCCAUUCCUCGAUAAACGGUCAUUAGAACUGUCGAUAGAAGAGAGAACAGGUUCAUGCUUUCUGUUCCUAUGCAUCGCUGCUAUCUCUGCCAGAUUCUCCACCAAUCCUUCAAUCGCAUUGAAACACCUGAAACCAUUCGAGUACGGCCAAGAAUUUUACAAAGCUGCUAAAGAGCUGCUGGGUUCGAUGCUGACCGUACCUUCAAGAGAGACUGUGAUGGGAUUGGUGUUACUAGCUCAUGUGGGAUUAGGUGCAGAUUCUGAAUCCGAGGAAUGGAUGUUCACUGGAAUGGCGGUUAGAAUGUCAAUUGAUUUAGGAUUGCAACUGAGUCCUCCCGAAGACGCUCAAAUAUCACUGGAAGAUAGACGGUCGAAUCGGUUACUCUUUUGGUCUGUCCUAUUACUGGACUUCGCUCUGGCCUUCGGAACCGGACGUCAGCCGACCCUCAGAGUGGAAGAAAUCACGCAACUCCUGCCCAGCCUCGAUGAUCUAUCCACGAGUUCGCCAUCAGAAGUACCCAAUCCAUUCCCAUAUGCCGCUAGGCAGAUGCUAGCAUAUGGUCAACUUAUAACAGUACUCAACUGUGGUAGGCAAAAGCAAGAUGAGAUAGAUAGAGCUGUGAUAGUGGCUAGAUCUAGGGCGAUACAGGUGUACAAUACUCUACCCGAUGAUCUGCACUGGAACGUCUCAAACCUACAACGACAUACCAAAGCCGGAUACGCUACCAUGUUCUUACACCUGCACCUUUGGAUGCAUACGAUCAUCGCAUCGGGCUAUCUAACAGACACCGACUACCUACGAAGAGGAGCGGGCCGGUCGAACCCUCUUUCUGGCCUAAUCAGUGGUCACGUAACGCCUAACGCUGUCGCGGCCUCGAAUCUAUGGAAGAACUCUGCGAGAACGAUUGGCGAUGUGUUGGUACUCAGUGAUAUCAUCAAUCCCAAUGCUUAUCUCUCCCUUCCAUUCUGCAAUCAAGCGUUCUACGUCGCCGGGUGCUGUUAUGUAAAAGAGAUCGAGACCGAACAAUGGAAUCUCGACCAUGUAGAUCGAACGUCGGAAGAACAAUCACGUCCGACCAGUAGUGACGGCGAUGCUACUGCUCGAUCACCGAAGAAAGACAGACAGGUCAAAAAGCCUUCAGAGCUAUUCCGAUCCUUGCUCACAUCAGUGGCCGCGAACAACAUAUCAACUGUUCAACAAGGUCUGACGAAGCAGACGAACUACUGGAAGGGAAUAGCAUGGGUUGCUGAGGCUCUCUCACAACGAGUCGCAGGUAUCGGUGCUAGCGAGAUUGAUCUGGCCUCCAUCACCGAAAAACUCAGCUCCUCAAUAUAUGUCGCCGAUGCCGGAGUGCUCAAAGGAUCAGGAGAUGUUCAGCAGUCAGCCACCGAUUUCAAGGGCAGUACGGUGUAG